UUUAUUCAUCGCACGCUUGAGUUGAGCCGCGGACCUAUAACAGGCAAUCUGUACGUAGCAAAGCAAACGUUGGCUGUUGGGCGUUGAACGGAGGGCUCUCACGCCCCGGUUCUUAAACGCUGCUUUGUGUGCGUGCGGCUGUGCUCCGAAGUAUCUUCAGAUCCAGGCAAACGCUACCCAGCUUGUCACCUUGAAAAUGGCUGGGGAAGUUGUAGUGGAUGCCUUGCCAUACAUCGAUCAAGGAUAUGAGGAAGCAGGAGUGAGAGAAGCUGCUCUCGCCCUUGUUGAAGAAGAAACGCGUCGCUAUCGGCCCACAAAGAAUUACCUGGACCACUUGCCAUCUCUGAGCUUGACCCAGUAUGAAACUGAUGUCAUGCGUGCAGAAUUUGAUAGACUGGCAGCUCGUCAACCAAUGGAAAUGCUCAGCAUGAAGCGUUACGAGCUACCAACUCCACCGUCAGGAAAAAUGACUGACAUAAGUGCUUGGACAGAGUGUGUGGACAACUCCAUGGCUCAACUGGAACAUCAAGCAACUCGAAUUGAGAAUUUGGAGCUGAUGAUGGACCAUGGCUGUGAGGCGUGGAAGAUCUACAAUGAAGUUCUUGUGAAGAUGGCCUCAGAUGCUCAAAAACAGCUUCAGGAUGUGAAGAAGAACAUCCAAGAAAUUAACUGGAAGAGAAAACAGUCACAACAGUCUGCAGGUGGUGAACUGAGAAGGCUUGAAACCACGUGGGUGGGUCUUGUCAGUAAAAACUAUGAAAUUGAACAAGCCUGUGUGAAUCUGGAGAGGGAACUUGCAAAACUCAAGGACGAAAUGAGCAUGGUGGAAACAAACUGAGUUGUUCAUGUGUAUGGUUAGCAUGCGUGAAAAAUGAUCUUGUGAGUGUUGCAGCGUGAUGUCACGUAAAUGGCUGAGUGGGCUGAUCUAGCGUGAUUGCGCUCCAGUGUACCGAGUUUGUGUUAAGAUAUGCCCUUUUUGGUAACUUU